UCUCAUCGAUGGCAACUCUGUGCGCGUUAUUCCCAUGACCGACCACGACUGGUAACACCGCACAUAUGUUAUUCUUCCUCUUCUUCUUAAAUAUGCGGUCGCAUGGCCCGGGAAUUAAGUGUUGGUAGUUCAAGCAAAAACUGAAAGGAAUGCUAGACGAACAUAUUCUGAAAGAAAUGCAGCUGAGCUUCCAGCUCACCGAACAGCGAGAACUCGCCUCUGGCCGCCGUAAACCGGAAAACCCACAGCACCGACCUGCUGCUCCAAAGAAAAAAGUUAUUUCAAAGGUGGCCAGCAAACCUGCAAAGAUUUUGGAAGCAAUGAUUCAAAAAACCCAGAUGGAGUCGCCCAAAAAAUCCAAGAAAAAUAAGACAGCCGGCACAAAGCGGCCUCUUUCCAAUAAUGUGUCGAAGCCAGACAGUUUUCCAUCCCAGAAGAGGCUUAAAAAGGAUGAUACCCUACCUAAAAAGAAUCCUUUAAAUAAAUCCUCAAAUGUUGCAGCUAAAAAAUCUGCUGCAAAAAGCAAAAGUGCUAAGCUUCCUCCUAUUCCCAAGGUUCAAAGGAGAGAAUCAGUUCCUAAGAAAACCAAAGUUAAGACGUCAAAUAACACAAAAAAAGCAAGUUUACCUAAGAAACAAAAGGUAAAUGGAGCCAAGAGCUCAAUAAAGGUUGUACAAAAUGGUAAAAUAGUCGAGAUAAUGGCCAAACCGGAAUUAAGUGACACUGAAAUGAAUUCAUUAGAUGAUUGGAGUGAAGAAGACGAUUAUUUAAUUGAAAGUGACUCUGAAAACGAUGUAGUUGAAGAAAUAGACGAGACAUUUCUUAAACACCCGAAGAUUUUUAAGGCCAAAGGCAAAGGCCCCGAAUACAAAGUAUCAGAUAUUCUUCCUCCUUUUGAACAUGAAGAAUACCAAGGUCUGUUGUUGAAUGGCGAUGGCAGCGGAACAGUUCGAAAGAUUGAGGUUUUUAAGAAUGCACAGGAAGAAACUGACAGCGACGAAGAGGACCCGAAGAUUUUUAAGGCCAAAGGCAAAGGCCCCGUAUUCAAAGUAUCUGAUAUUCUUCCUCCUUUUGAACAUGAAGAAUACCAAGGUCUUUUGUUGAAUGGCGAUGGCAGUGGAACAGUUCGAAAGAUUGAGGUAUUUAAGAGAGCACAGGAAGAAACUGACAGCGACGAAGAGGACAUUGAUUAUGAGCCACGAGAUAGCGAUGACUUUGGAUCUGAGGAAUUUGACAGCGAAGUGUCUGACAGUGAAGACACAACCAGCGCAGACUAUGAUAGUGAUGGAGAUUUCUACAGUGAAGAUAGCGAUAUGGAGGAUGUUAGUGACAGCGAUAGUGAAGAAUACGGAAGCGAUUUCUUCGACAGCGACGACCUCGAUUCAACUUAUGAGCCACCUGAUAUUGAGGGAUUCUUUGAUGAUCCUCAACCUGUCGGUAUGCAAAGAGAGCCGCUUAUUAUAGAGGAAAUCUUCGACGAUCCCCCUGUGGAAAAAAAGCAAGAACUUAUAAAACAGUCAAGUGCAGUGGUGACUGUUGUAGGUCACUCAUUCAGUGAGCCGUCAGAGAAGGAGUCUGAAGCUGCAAUUGAAAAUGAAGAGAAUGCCGAGGUAUCACUGCCUGAAGUUAUAACACCCGAAAAGGAAAAUGAUCUCAAACUAAGCGAUGCCCCGUUUUACAGAAAUCCGCAAGCAAAUCCCACUGAGCUUAGCGUCUUUGAGAACAGUCUGAAGAGCAAUCAUGUGCUGGCCGUGAUUAAGGAGGACCUCGAAGUUUAUGGCACACUAGUGCUGACUCUACUCUGCGGUCAAAUAUCAGUAAAUGGUUACAAAGCACGCAGGCAGGAAGCUAUUACCAUUUAUUCUCCUAAAGGCCUUAAUUGGGUAUCUAUUUCGCCAACCAAGACUAAAAAACCUCUAAAAGAUGAGGUGGAUUGGGAAGUACUCAACAAGAACUUCACACGCGCCCAGCUAGACAGGAUUAAGACCAGCUUUCAGCGUCAGACGAAUGCAAUAGUACUGCUUCACCGAAACGCAAGUGCACAGCAGCUCGUCGACACCUUUGGCAAGCACAUGGCGCAAAAUGUGUUCCCACUGGUCAAUUCUUCCAAUCGACCAUUUAGCCAAAGUGAAACCCUGUUGCACUGUCUGAUUCAAGCGAGCGAUCAAAAGCGGACUCUGCAAGUUCCGCAGGUUUGGAAUAAGUUAAAGAUGCAUGCAACGAGCCGGAUAAUGGUAGCCGGUGGUAAGGGCGUCGGAAAGUCUAGUUUAUUGCGUUACCUCAUCAACCGAAAUCUGGCUCAGUUCCCAUCCAUGCUGCUCAUCGACCUGGACAUUGGUCAACCGGAAAUAUUUGUUCCACAGACUAUUUCUUGCACCGUAAUUGAUGGGCCCCUUCUGGGACCGGGCUUCCUGUACAACAGGCAGCCGGAACAUGCCAUUGUCGUGGGCCACACCAACAUUGUCUUGUGCGCAGAGCAGUAUGCCCGAGCAGUUAUUCAGCUAGUCCAAAACAUUCAGAACGAUGCCAAGUAUUCAAAUAUUCCUUGGCUGAUAAAUACGAUGGGCUAUAACAAGGGCUUUGGUAUGGAAUUGAUGGCUCUGCUGGUGGAUCGCAUUCGUCCCACGGAUCUUGUACAGAUUGCCAGUCCAAUUCCAAUCAAUAACUUUGAUACUGCCCUCGACCAGAGCAGUCUGUCGCAGAUAAAACCAAUAAUAUACUGUGCGGAGGAGUUCAAGAUCAAGGAAAUACCAAAAUACACGCUCCAUAAGCUGCUCAGUGCAGUGCCUGCAAAGGAAAAAGGAACUUGGAGUCUCAGCGCAAAGGACAUGCGAUACUCCAACCUUCUGGCACGUCUCAGUUCAUGCCUGACUGGAAAUGCCAAAUCUCUCACAGACUGCGAGCCGUUGGGAGUGUCUUUGGAAUCCCUGCAGAUACUGCAUCCCACCAGCAAGAGUUACUCGCACGAGGAACUGAUUCGAGGCAUGGAGGCUAAUGUAGUAUAUCUGUGCCAUCACGGGGAAGGUCUGGCCCAAUGUUUGGGAAUAGGUGUGGUUCGCGCCAUCGACUACGAGCGCAAGGAGUUAUACCUGGUGCCAGCAAUGCCGCUACAAAAGAUGUCCCUGGUGGAUUGUCUUAUCCUCGGCGGAGAACAGGUCCUGCCGCAAGGCUUCCUCCGGGAUCAGGGCCAAGGUGUGUCCAGCAGUGUGCCCUUCGUGUUCAUACUUGACGAUUCGAAAUCUUCGAAGAGUAUCCAGCAGAUCUACCAUCGAGCGCCAGCCUUUCUGGGAGUACCAGCUAAUCAACGCAACUAAAACUGAGCUUACUGAAGCAAUCGCAAUCGGAUAACUUUGUAAAUAAAGUUAGGUUUAUUAACACAA